AUGUCAGCCACGCGCGUGCAGCUGCUGUCACCCAGAAGCCUCCGGCUUUUCAGCCCGGGGAGAACCGCGCAUGGGAAUGGCGGUGGUCCCAGGUUCCGCUCACUCACCUCCCCCUCCUCUUCUCUCGGCAGAGCCUUGUCCAGUUUGAGUUCUACGCGACGCGGACUCCCCAAAGAAAAAAUGUCCGAGAACGGGAUGAUGUCCCGACCCAAGGUGCUGACCAUCGACACCAUCAACCCCACCGUGAAGAAGGUGGAGUACGCCGUCCGGGGGCCCAUCGUGCAGCGAGCCGUGGAGCUGGAGAGGGAGCUCAGUGAGGGAAUGAAGAAGCCCUUCGCUGAGGUCAUCAAGGCAAACAUUGGUGACGCACAUGCCAUGGGCCAGCAGCCAAUCACUUUUUUCCGACAGGUGUUGGCACUGUGCUCGUAUCCCGAGCUGCUGAGCGACAGCUCAUUCCCAGAGGAUGCUAAAAGCAGAGCAUGUCGUAUUCUGAACUCCUGUGGAGGAAACAGUAUGGGUGCCUACAGUGCCAGUCAGGGCAUAGACUCUGUACGUCAGGAUGUGGCUCGUUACAUCGAGAGGCGCGACGGCGGCGUGCCCUGUGAUCCAGACAACAUUUACCUCACCACUGGGGCCAGUGACGGCAUUGUGACCAUGCUGAAGCUGCUGGUUUGUGGCGAAGGUGUGACGCGCACAGGCGUCAUGAUCUCCAUACCUCAGUACCCCCUGUACUCGGCCGCACUCGCUGAACUCGGUGCUGUUCAAAUCAACUAUUACCUUAAUGAAGAAAAGUGCUGGAGUCUGGAUAUCGAUGAGCUCCAGCGAGCUUUGAAUGAGGCUAGACUCUACUGCAACCCCAGAGCCCUGUGCAUCAUCAACCCUGGAAACCCCACAGGUCAGGUGCAGACCAGGGAGUGCAUAGAGGAUGUGAUCCGGUUUGCUGCCAAAGAGCGUCUCUUCCUCAUGGCUGAUGAGGUGUACCAGGAUAACGUGUAUGCUGAGGGUUGCCAGUUCCACUCCUUUAAGAAGGUUCUGUUUGAGAUGGGACCAGAGUACUCUGAAACAGUAGAACUGGCCUCGUUCCACUCCACCUCCAAGUGUUACAUGGGAGAAUGUGGCUUCCGUGGAGGGUACAUGGAGAUCAUAAACAUGGACGAUGAUGUAAAAGCCCAGCUGACCAAGCUGCUGUCGGUCCGUCUGUGUUCACCUGUUCCUGGGCAAGCUCUAAUGGACCUGGUAGUCAACCCACCUCAGCCUGGGGAACCUUCAUAUGAGCGCUUUAUUAAGGAACGCACAGCCACAUUAAGUGCCUUAGCAGAGAAGGCCAAACUCACCGAGCAGGUCCUCAAUACUGUGGACGGCAUCAGCUGCAAUCCUGUACAGGGAGCCAUGUACUCCUUUCCUAGGAUAACCAUACCUGAGAAGGCCAUUCAGGAGGCCAAGAAACUUGGUCAGCAGCCGGAUAUGUUUUACUGCAUGAAGAUGCUGGAAGAGACGGGAAUUUGCCUCGUUCCAGGAAGUGGCUUUGGCCAAAAGGAGGGAACGUACCACUUCAGAAUGACCAUCUUGCCACCAACAGAUAAGCUGAAGAUCCUGCUGAACAGCGUAAAGGAGUUCCACCAGAGGUUCACCCAGCAGUAUUCUUAAAUUAAUAAUGCCAACUACACUAAAAAGUCUAAGCCAAUCAGAAUAGAUCUGCAAUAGAAGUGCCUUUCCUACAUUGUCUCCUCUGUUGAUCCCUGUGACAAAGCACUUAUAGCCACGCACAUUUGGACUUUAAUGGAGCCAGUGUCAAAAAGGACUGGAAGAAAAUAAAAAAUGUAACUGAAGUUCAAAAAUAGACAGCCCUAUGUUAGCCUUGGUGCACAAAGUGCAGCUACCUGUAAUGUCUGUGAUGUUUAAUUUUGAAAGAUUGUAAAUACUUCCUUUGGGCAACAGGACAGCUAGUAACUUUUAAUGUGAAACUGAAAAAAGGCGGUACAGCUUAAGAAAAAGGUAAGCCAGCUUAUAAACUUGAGAAAAUGUUUAACCGAAUGAAAUGCGUCAUUCCUGCAGACUAAACAUGAUGGCGAGAAUAUACUCCAUGUCUCACAUGCAUGAUGUUUCAAUAGGCAUUAAUUUUAUAGAGUAAGGGAUGUAACAUGUUUCAUGAGUUUAUGAACUUAUUUGAGAUUUUUUUUUAGUUUUAAUUAGAUUUUUGGGCUUACGUUGUUUUAUUGUUUACUAUAUUGAAAGUUUAUUUUUUAAUCUUCUGGAUUCAAAUGGAGAAGGGUUGCAAUGUUUACUUGAUUUUGCCCAAUCUUGAAGCCUGUUAUACUAAAUAUUUUUUUUUACUUGAUUUUAUUUUCCUCAUUGAUUCAAAUAACAGCAUGUGUAUCAUCUCAUCUUCACUUUUUUUAAUUUUAGUUUACUGAGCCGAAGGAGAACGAUGACCAGUUCAACAGUUAACAUGAUUUUGUUCUAAAAGAACAGUAACUCCCUUUUCUUUCUUUUUUUAAUUUAUUUUUCCCUAUAAAGCAAAGAACCUCGGCAUAAUGAUGCAGGCCGAGGAGGUACUACUUCAGCCUGAUUUGGAUCAGAGGUUGUUGAGUUUCUCUAACAAACUCUUGAUUAAAAUUGCUGCACAACUGGGAUUAAAGAAGCACUUCACCGACUAAGACUCCAAUUUCAUCUCCUCCUGUUAGGAAGUGAAAGCGGUCUUCUUUCACAGAAAAAAAAAAUGAAUUACUUGUUUAAUUACUCUCACCCACCAUGUAGUUUAUGCCUCUUUUUUUUUUUUUUUUUAACAAUUGUUCAAAAGUCGAAAUGUAAUUUAAGCAUUUAUUUUUAUUUUCUUGUAAAGUUUUUUGCCCAGAUCUUUUCUUCUGAUUUGAUAUAACAGUGACUAACAAUUGUUCAGCAUUGUGUUUAGAUUGGCUUAAUGGGGAGUCUUUUUUUAAAAUAAAAACUCAACAUUUCCAAAGCUA